GGAGAAAGCACGCGUUGUUUUCCACGUGGGCGCGCGCCAGUCUCGCUGUUCCCUCUCAGCAGCUGCACAGACAUCAGCUAAGUUACUCUUCAGAGCCUUAAAAGCUCUAAAAACCCCAAAAAGUUACAGAUUUGAUAUCAGGUUUUGAAACCAGACAGUGCUCGAUCCCCCUGUGAGGAAAAAUGACUGCAAUCAAUUCUCCGCGUGACAGGUACAAUGCUGUCUGGAUCAUUUUCUUCAUCUUGGGCCUGGGAACUCUCCUGCCAUGGAACUUCUUCAUGACUGCCACCAUGUACUUCACCAGUCGACUGAAGAACCCGCCCACAAAUGGAGCUGCAUUCAACCAGACAGCCAACAGCACAGAGCCAGAAGGUGACAUGCGCAACGUACUAGAGUCCAAGUUCAACAAUGUGAUGACCCUGUGUGCCAUGGUGCCCCUGCUCAUCUUCACCUGCCUCAACUCCUUCAUCCAUCAGAGGAUCCCUCAGAAGCUGAGGAUAUCCGGCAGUCUCUCGGUCAUCCUGGUGGUGUUCCUGAUCACUGCUAUAUUGGUGAAGGUGGACAUGGCACCUCUACCCUUUUUCACUUUCACUAUGAUCAAAAUCGUCUGCAUCAACUCGUUCGGAGCGAUCCUGCAGGGGAGUCUGUUUGGUCUGGCAGGCAUGCUCCCGGCUUCCUAUACCACUCCCAUAAUGAGCGGCCAAGGGCUUGCUGGAACGUUUGCAGCAUUCUCCAUGAUCUGUGCUCUUGCCACUGGCUCUGCGCUGCAGGACAGUGCCUUUGGCUACUUCAUCACUGCCUGCGUUGUCAUUCUCCUGGCCAUCAUGUCCUACUUCAUCUUGCCCAAAAUGGAAUUUUUCCAGUAUUACUCAGACACCAGUAGCCCCAGACAUGGUGGCGAUGAGGAAAACAAGAUGGACCUGUUGAGGAAAGAAAGCCCUGGGGAGAAGAGGCCUGUGGUCAGUCUCACUGAUGAGGACAUCACACAUUCUGUGUCUGUGUUUGCCAUCUUUAAACAGAUCUGGGUGAUGGCUCUUUCCGUGUGCUUCGUCUUCACCAUCACUAUCGGCACCUUCCCUGCUGUGACUGUGGAGGUCAGAUCCACUGUGGCAGAUGGAGGAGCUUGGGAAACAUAUUUCAUCCCUGUGUCCUGUUUCUUGCUCUUCAAUGUGAUGGACUGGGCUGGACGAAGCUUGACUGCAGUGUGCAUGUGGCCUGGCAAAGACAGUGUCUGGCUGCCCGUGCUGGUUAUAGCACGUUUAGUCUUCGUCCCUCUCUUCGUUCUGUGUAAUGUGCAGCCCAGGCAUUACCUGCCCGUCGUGUUCGCCCAUGACGCCUGGUACAUUAUUUUCAUGAUCAUCUUCUCGUUCAGCAAUGGCUACCUGGCCAGCCUCUGCAUGUGCUUUGGUCCCAAGAAAGUGGCCCAGCAUGAAGCGGAGACCGCAGGGGCCAUCAUGGCCUUCUUCCUCUCCCUGGGCCUGGCACUGGGCGCCGCGCUGUCCUUCGGCUUCCGGGCCAUGAUUUAGAAUCUCUGGUUUGCUGCUACUCCUCAUAGCGCCCCCUAUGGGGGAGUAGAAACUAUUGCCAACUGUGCCGUUUGAAAACAAGAGAUGAAUUCAGAAUUGGACUGAGCCCAAGAGAACAUCCGCUUCAUCUAAAAAGAUGUUGCUUAUUUGCAAAGGCUACUGAAUUAACAUGUCUAAGCCAUUGUUCUUAUGUGUUCACACACACCAGAUCUGUAGGAAACUGGAACAGACGCUUGGUGGGGGGAGAAAACAUCGUUCCUCAGAUAUCCACUCAAGAGCCAUUACACAAGCCAAAAGCAAUUUUUUUUUAUAAUUUUUUUUUGCUGAGUGUCUAGAAGACUAGGCUAGAAGAAGAUUAAUAGAAGAAAUUCAGAUUCAGUUUUUUAAGACGUUCUUGAUUUUAUUAUAGUUUGUUUACUAUCCUUGUUUUUUAAGUAAUAGUAUUUAGUUAUAGACUGUUCAUUAAUGUUGGCCUAGCUUGCCUAGUUUAUUCUCGUGUACAUGUGUAUUGUAAUGGUCAGUUCAGUUCAUUGUGCAUUUUAAUGGAUUUUUUUCUGUUUAAUGUUUUAAAUGUUUUUUUUUUUUUUUUAAGUAUGGUCAGGUAUUAAUUGUGGAAUGUGAUAUUCCCAUUGGUUAAUGAAGAAUACAAGACAUGAUGACCUUA